AUUCCGGGGCUCUGCAGCCCCCGUGCCAGCCUCACCGCGGACCCCGGGGCUCUGCACAGCCCGCAGACCGGCGGUGAUGGCCCAGCCGUCGCACCUCCGGGGUUACGGGCUCUGAGUGCCGCCUCGCUGCUGCAGCUAUGGAUGCCAACCUGCCGGGCACCUUCCUCCUCAACGGCCCCUCGCUGGGCGCCUUCCCCGAGGCCAAGGCGCCCGUUUGCCAGUACUCAGUGCAGAGCUCCUUCUACAAGCUGGCACCCCCGGGGCUGGGCGCCCAGCUGGCUGCGGGCACCCCGCACGGCAUCUCCGACAUCCUCGGCCGGCCCGCGGCGGCGCCGAACGGCGGCAUCCUCCCCGGGUACCCGCACGCGGGCGGAUUGAACGGACUGAGCUCGCCGGGCGUCUAUUACGGGCCCCAGGUGGGCGCCCUCCCCAAGGCCGGGGGCGAGUACCUGCCCAGGGGCCGGAGCUGCUGGGCGGAGGCGGCCCCGGAGUGGCGGGGCGGCCGGCAGUGCGGCGGCCCCCCUGCUCACCUGGCUGACAGCAUCCACAAGAAGAAGCACACGCGCCCAACCUUCACAGGACACCAGAUCUUUGCUCUGGAGAAGACAUUUGAGCAGACCAAGUACCUGGCGGGUCCGGAGCGGGCACGGCUGGCCUAUUCCCUGGGCAUGACCGAGUCCCAGGUGAAGGUCUGGUUCCAGAACCGCCGGACCAAAUGGAGGAAGAAGAGCGCCCUGGAGCCCUCCUCAUCCUCGCAGCGGGCGGGGGGCUCUGGCGGAGAGCGGGCAGCCUCCGAGACCGAGGACGAUGAGUACAACAAACCCCUGGACCCGGACUCGGAUGACGAGAAGAUCCGGCUGCUGCUGAGGAAGCACCGUGCAGCCUUCUCAAUGCUGGGCUUGGGCACUCACAGCGGCUGAGCAGGGGCACAGCCUGGCCCCUCUGAACCCCCCUGAGCAGCACAGAGCCCUGCCUGGCUGCUGGGAUGGGCUGGGAUGGAUGGAGCUGCAUGGGGAGCUCACAGGGCUGGGAGCAGCACGCUGGUAGUGGCAGGUGCAGCUGUGCCAUUGAUGAAAUAAAGGUGCCAGUCAAGUCCCAGCACUUGUUUCGUGGUCCAGGGUGGCCUUGUG